AUGGUCAACAGAUCAACCUCAGCUAGAACUCUUGGCAAGCCAACUUCAAGCCAUCAUCAUCACCGCAAGCAUCAUAGAAUCUCUUUCCUGAUGCAAGAUGUGCUCAAUGUUACUCAACCUGCAACUGCUAAAGUCACUAGUCAGCUUCCAUUUUCCAAGCCACUAGGCUUUUUUCCUCCUAAUGCAGGUAUCCCAAUUCCUGAAACUAAUCCUCCGGUUCCAGGAACCGGAUUGUCAACUCAAACACUUGAUAUUUCCGAUAUUGGGUUGUAUUUUCCAGCUAGAGCUACUCUUCAGGAACUGGAAUUCGGAGCAGUGAUGACAAUUGAUGAGAACUUAUUGGAUGGUACAGUAAAUGGAUCACCAGUUGGGAAAGCACAGGGGGUAUAUGUUGCAAGCUCAGAAGAUGGACCUAGUCAUAUGAUGGCUAUGACAACAUUUUUUGCCAAUAGCAAGUUUAAGGAUGGCUUAAGAUUUUUCGGGUUGCACCGGAGAGAUGUAGCAGAGUCUCAUAUUGCUGUAAUUGGUGGCAUUGGGAAAUAUGUUGGUGCAAAUGGUUAUGCAACAGUUAAGGCUGUAGAUUUGAGGUCUAAUGCUGCAGCAGAGAAGCAAGGAGUCAACAAGCUUCUUUCGUUCAAUGUUUAUCUAAUUUAA